UCGCUCAGGGUUGCAGCAGAGCCCCCCCCCCAUUCCUUCCUCUUCCUCCUCCUCAGUCUUCUCCCCAUCCAUCUUUAUUUUAAGCAGGAACGCCAUCCUCACAUUCACAGUGUACAAAGCGUACCUGGUUGGUUGUUUUGCAUGCAUUGUUCGUCUCCCAAAAUGGUUUGCGAGACUAAAAUAGUAGCGGACGAACACGAUGCUAUACCUGGGAGUAAAAAGGAGCCACCCAUGAUGUGGAGCGCCUCUCCGUCCGGCCCGGGCGAGGCCAAGGAUGCGAGGCGAGACGCGGUCUUCAUCCGCGAGUUCGAGCGCGGCGACCAGGAGGAGGUGCGCCGCAUCUUUUACGAGGGCAUCAUGGAGAGGAUACCGAACACGGCGUUUAGGGGGCUCAGGCAGCAAAGCCGAACCCAGUUUUUGUACGCUCUUCUCACAGUAAUGUGCUUUUCCAUGACCAAAUCCUUCACACUGACCUGCUGCGUGCCGCUGAUUCUCAUGGGCGCUCGCUACUAUUACAGCAGGAAAGUCAUCCACAGCUAUCUGGAUCACGCCUUGCACACGGACAUGGCCGACAUUGAAGCCUAUUACAUGAAACCCACAGGCUCUUGUUUUUGGGUAGCAGUGCUGGAUGGACACGUUGUGGGCAUCGUGGCGGCACAGGGCCGCGAAGAUGACAACAUGGUGGAGCUGCGACGCAUGUCCGUGGAUUCUCGCUACCGGGGAAAAGGCAUCGCCAAGGCCCUGGGCCGGCGCGUUUUGGAGUUUGCGGUGCGCAACAACUACGCCGCCGUCGUCCUGGGCACCACGGCAGUAAAGAUGGCCGCCCAUAAGCUGUACGAGUCGCUUGGCUUCUGCCGAACGGGCCAGAGCGAGGACUACAGGCUUCCUGGCAUGAGCCGCUCCAUGCUGGAGAGGCUCUUCUUCCAGAUCCGAUACAGCCGGUACCGCCUGCAGCUCCGUGAGGAGUGAGAGGUGACACGGAGAGAUGGAGGAAGAGAGGGACAGAGAGAGAGAGAGCGUCGAUUCCCCCCCCCCAACACCCGAGAGCCCUUCCUCUCUUCUGACAGCUUUUCUUGAUUUUAUUAGACAUAAUCACUUAACUUUUCAAUUUUACAGUCACUAACAUCUAUAAUACUUAUGUUGUCUUUAUAGUAUUGUUUGACAUCUUUUUUUAAUUUCCUCCAUUUUCAUUAUUAUCAAUUUGUUUUGGUAUCCUUACCACCUUUCCCCUCCUUCCCUAAUGAGGAAAAUCGGCAGUAGUUGUGGAUAUCAAUAUAUGAUCAAUAUCCCCAUUCUUCAUUAUUCCCUGGCGAACCCCCCGCCCCCAAACACACACACACCCCACACUACCCUGAUUGGUCCCCUGCAAUAUGCAUCACAUAGGUUUGGACCCAGCAUAGAAAGGGAAGGGGGUGCGGUGUGACUUCCUUGAGUGUGUACAUUGUCCACAAAUAAAGUAAUUUGGCUUUAGAUGCCAUAUUGAAGCACAGCAAAGCAUGUUACCAUCAUGGUGAGAGAGACAGAUAGAAGGAUGAGCAUCAUGUGUGUGUGCAUCUUUCCUCUCCCUCGCUCCAUUCUGGUUUUGGUCUCUUGAGCUGCCCUAAUAUACAAUGUAAUAUUCAUUAAAAUAAUGAGCCAAGUAUUAUAGAACGACACAGCAUUAUUUACUUUACUUAACCUACAUUUGUAAUAUGCAAUUAUCUGCCAGAUGACAAAGCAGCCGCGGUCUUAAACCACAGUGAUGUGGGGUAGUAAAGACGUGACAACGAGCAAUAUCUACAAAACUUCAGCACAAAAAAGCCAGCAGUGUUCAUUACCAACCUAAAUUGUGUACCUUUGGAGAAAAUAAUAAAAUGCUUACAAACAUCAUAAAAAUGACCUCUCCCUUCCUCCCAUUUACAAAUCUGUCUGCAACCCUGGGCCGAGACCCUACCCCCUCUCACCACUAACCUUUGACCUCCCCUGUCUCUGGCCCCACCCAUUUCCCACCAUCUCUGCAUGAGAUACAACGCCUUGCUGCACUGCUUUUAUUAUUAAAGCUUGUUGGGCCCCCCUAGAACCUUAGUAGACUCCCCCUCAAAUCCUCAGAUGUCAUCUGGGCAGUGUGAUGUUCUGCCUCCAGGUCAUCCUACUGCCUGGAUUUCUUACUGGAUAUACAUACAUAUAUAUAUAUAUGUAUAUGUGUAUAUAUAUAUACAGUAUAUAUAUAUAUAUGUGUGUGUAUAUAUAUAUAUAUAUAUAUAUAUAUAUAUAUAUAUAUAUAUAUAUAUAUGUGUGUGUGUGUGUGUGCGUGUGUGUACAAAAGAAAGGACACACUCACCAAAAGCAAUGUUGCCUGGAUGACAUCUUGCCUGCCAGCCAAGCAACUGCAGAAUGCAAAAAGCAAUGCAAUGUGGCAUGCCUCUGUACGCAGUGUGUGCAGCGCCUGCCCUGGAAAAUUGUAGGAAAAAAAAAAUCUAUUAAUAUAUAUUUAUAUAUGCUAUAUAUAUAAAUAUAUAUGUAUAUAAUUAAAAAGUAUUGUGCUACUUUUUUUAGAUUUGAAAUGAUAAUGUGAAACAUUUGCAUGAAAAAUGUCUUUUUAAAAGUACUCAGAGCACAUGGCAUCCGCUGACUUGUAAUUCUGAUUUAUUUGAUUCUUAAAUGCUGGGCGAGCAGGUUGAGGGUGCCAAAUGAUGUAUACAGAGUCAGAGCUUGUAAAUCUUUCAAGAGGCCGCCAAUUAUUAGAGAGUAGUUGUUGCAGGCGGAUAAUGCUGAACAGGUUUACUACUGGAUAAUGACAUUAUGUUGCUGGUAGCCAUUUUGUGACUACCAUGCAGAAGCAGACGUCAGCACAAACAGAAUGUUUCUAAAUUAGGCCAAGUGGGGCGGUUUGCAUGGACACUCGCAUGUUUAGACUUGCACAGGUCACAGCACCUAAAGCCCUAAGAUGAAACCCAGCUAAAUGCCUAAACAUAUACUAAAUACAAAUACAUAAUGUAUACUCUAUACGGACUCUUGACUUUGUGAGUGAGCAGCAGAUGCAUCCCUUGUCUUUAAAACCCCAUGAUGUUGUACAAAGCAGAAUGUAUGAGGAGCAUCAAAAAACACGAGACAGAGGUUUGGAUUCAGCUUUGUCUGGGGCAAAGCAUCCCAUUUUGGAAUGUGUCUGAGACUUCCCUACACUAUAUCUCACUUAACACUGAGCAUCAUCACACAGUAUGAAUGUCAAGAACAAGAGGCGGUGGAUUGUACAGAAUACGCUGAGACAUUUGCGAUACUACUGUCUAUAUCAGUUCUUGCAUGGUGACAUUUAAAAAUUAAUUCUGAACAGAACAUGCAGAAUGCCUUGUGCACUGAAAUCAAACACUGGGGUUCAAAUAACACAUGGACUGGAUGGCCUCAAGUAGCUUAAGGGAAAUUUUUGAACUGUGCAUUAACUAUGAUUUUUGUGUGUCUAUUUACUAUUCUACGUGAAUGCUAGGUCAAGUCCCACGCCCCCAAAAACCAGUUCAUAAUGAUAUGUAUAAAAGGUUCUGCUGAUAUACAAUCUCAUUUUUGUGAUGCAGUUUGCUUGAGUGCUUUACUAUUGCUUUGACAAGGUAUGCUGCAUCGAGAGCCCUCCCCUGAUGGAGAGGCCUCAUUUACUUGCUGGAAAACCCACUAAAUGGCACAAACUCCUUAAAGUUUAAAAUAAGGAAAUCCUCAACCAUGGCCACAAUCAGUUAUAUAAAAAAAAUCAAUAAAAGGUCAGUAUGUCAUUAUGAAAUGUACAGAUGCUGUGUGUUGUUACACUAAUGAUGUCACCCAAAGGCAUGAAUGUAAACUUGAGAUAUUAUGCUUUUUUUUUUUGCAUUUACUUGGUAAUGGAUUGGUUUAUUUCCUACAUGCAAAACAAUUUACAUAGCAGCACAUCACAUGUUUACACUUGCACAAUUCAACAUGGCUAAAAUCCUAUCCUUUCUCUUUUUUUCAGCAGCUACUGAUAGUUGUUUACUUCCUGUGUUUAACAUGUACCAGUUUACUAAUUUUCUAAGGUGAAUGAAAAGCAUGAAAAUGAUUUAAUUUUAAAUGUUUGACUUUAAGGAUGGACAGCGGAAAGGAUGGUUAAUAAGUGACUAACAUACAACACUAGAUGUUUUACAUCAUGUAUGACUGUAAAUAUGUGUUAGUAUUUGCCAUCAUUUAAAUCAGUAGAAGGCUGCGACGUGGAAUGUUCCACCUUCUGAAGAGGGUGAGGAGCCAGGGGUGGAAUGUGGCACAUUAGCGGUUGGGGUGGGAGGUGGGGCCGGAUAUGCUGCAACAAGGAUGACAUGGACUCCCCUCUCUCUCUCUCUACCUCUGGUGAGAAUGCCUCUUCACUGUGGCCAGUACAAAAGCGGACUCACUCUGGACUGAGGCCACAGGUGCCAAGAACCCUUCAGCACUUGUAGCACAACUGUGUCUUGUCUUACAGUACAGGUCUGUUGGAUUUGGCUUUUUUUUUGUUUGCUGUGAGGAAUAUGGAUAUGGAAGUUUCUGUCAUCAGCAUCCAUGCAAGACACAGUCAUUGCAUCAUGUUUAAUUCAUACUGACCAAUAGCUAUUUUUUUAGGGGUUGGAAAUCCAAUGCCAAAUGUGACAGUAACAUUUUUAUUCCUUGUGUGGCCAUAUUGUCUUCAUAACAGUGGUAUUUGUUAUUAUUUGGGGGAAGAAAAUUGUGCCCAUGUGCCAUUCAGUCAAGCAAUAAACACAAAGAAGUAGGCAAAGCUACAAAACAACGGAUUUUAUCAUAAAUGUGAAAUGCUGCAAUGAUGUUAUAGCCCUUAUACAUUACCACUCAUGCUUGAGACUGAAGGGGUGUUUUGAUUGUAUUCUCUUUUGUAUUUUUCUUUUUUUUUACCUUUAUGUUGGAGUAUACACAGAUGUACCUCUGCAUAUUUGUACAGAUGUCAAUAGGAAAUGGUGGAUUUAUUGAGGAUGGUUGUCCAAGCAGACAAGGAAAAGGCGAUGUCGCUGCACCCUGCAAGUGGAAAGUCAUUUUACAAGGCUUUUAUUUAACUUCUCCUUUGUUCACACUAUUCGGGGAUAAAACAAACCCUCUGCAGCCAAAAAAUUGCAACUCUCAACAUUGUUGACUUUUCUUACAAGUAAGAUUCAAAGUUGUGUUUUGAAUCUGUAAGUUAGUAACUGUAAAGUUGUACAUUUUCUUGUAAAUAGCAUCCGGGGGCUCGUUUUUACUCACUUUAUAACUGAAGCUGUAAAUGUAAAAGAGACAAAAAUUAUAUUUUAAAGAUAUGUAGGGCACUAAUUCUCCAGUAAUGCGGGUGUUUUAAUCUGUAUUACCUCACAACAAUCCCAUAAUAAUGACUUCCAGCCACUUUUAGGGACUGGGCUAUACAUCAUCUUGACCCAGGGGUCUACGCCCAUCCUUCCUUGUCUGCUUGAACUCUGGAGAUGUAAAAGUUAACACAGUCAAAAGGCAGCACUGCUUGCUUCCAUCCCACACCAGCCGUGAAAGUCAAGCCAGCGAGAUGCUGCGACACCAUGAGGCUCUCUCUGUCAUGUCAUGACUGCUGUCUUGUUGCCAGGAAACACACGCACGCACACACACACACACACACACCUACACACACACACAGCGGGGAACUGAUCUGCAGCCACACUGUUGGGAGGCAGACAGGUCAAAUAGAUGGCCGUGACUGGGGAAUGGACAGAGGGACUAGCUGAUGCAUGGAAGGCUGGGCUUUUAAAUUGCAACUGAGGGAACUUUGUAAUUGGGGGUUAGGAGAGCUGAAAGGGGAGGCAGAGCACUUCUGGAACAGGGUGGAAUUUGAGGGGAAAAAGAGGCCCAUUGCCACUGCAGGCAGGGAGUAAAUAGCACCUGGGACCCACUGACUAAUAGGACUUGUGAGAAAAGGGGAUGCGCGGGCUAAAAUACAAAGCAUAGCUCAAAUAAAAAGGCAGUUUGGGAUGGGAGUGGUGAGGAGGUCAAGUAACAUCUAAUGGUACUUGACAGAGGGUCUUUAUGAGUGAAUAUGUUGCUGCUUAAGCCAGUCUGCUUCAACCUCAGUGGCUGCAUUGAACCAGUUCCCUUAAUGCUGUACCACUACACUGGGAAUUACAUUAUGGGAUUAUGAGGCCACCCUUUUUAUAACAACAAAUGGAACAGUAUGGAUGUAAAGAUUGGAUUCCCUGCAUUAUGAUGAACGUGGAUGUACAUAUAUUGUAUCGAUUAAAAAUGACCAUGCAUUAAGAUUUCA